UCCCACCAUGCGGCCACAGCUCUAAAAGACCGCUGCCGCUAUCAGUGACAUUAUCCGCUUCACUCGCGCCAGAUAUUACUUUUAUACCGACACCGUGAGGCUACGUCCGGACGACUAUUUUUGUCUGCGUUUCAACGACUCGGUCCACUUUUACGCAUGGCAACGUCGGUGACGUUCCAGGAGUGACAACUGGACGGACGGAGCCCUGUGAGAAGCCGCGACGCCGAAUCCUGACCUUGGAGAGUUAUUUGUGAGAUCGUCAGAGCUGUCUGCAGUCCUCAUCUGCUGAAGCCAUGUUUUCCAAAGCCACUGCCAAUUUCGUCCGUCAGAUUGACCCUGAGGGAAGCCUCAUCCACGUGUCCAGAGUAAAUGACUCGCACAAACUGGUUCCCAUGGCACUAGUUGUUAAGCGCAACCGUAUCUGGUUCUGGCAGAAGCCCAAGUACCAACCAACAGUUUUCACUCUGAGUGACUUGUUACAGGGUGACAAGAUGCUCAUUCCUGGAGUGUCUGAGACAGAAUUCCUGACCUACAAGGGGACGUUUGGAGACAAAAUCUCUGGGAAGGUGGACACCGAGGCUGGCUCUGUCAGUGUCACACUGGAGGGCUGCGGCUCCUCCAAGCUCCAAUCAUCUUUUGGCACGCUGAAGAAAGAGGAGCUUGAUGUGAAGAAGCUGCUGCGUGACUCCAGCGACAGGCAUGUGAACAUGCAGCACAAGCUGGUGCAGCAGCUGGAGAAGCGUUCUGAGGUGCUGGUGGUGGUGAAGGAGAGGAUCCUCACCACCAGUUCCUGCUCCGUCACCCAGACGAAAAAGGAGCAGUGCACCUUUCAGGGGGUGCUCGGGCUGGUGGGCAUGUUGGGGAGCUCUGUUAAGGUGUGUGUGAAGGACACCAACGACAUUGAGACAGACAGUGAUGUUUCCUUGGAGAUCCCAGCUGGAACAGUCAUUGCGUACAGCAUCUUAGAACUGGAGAUUAAAAAGAAUGGACACUAUGAUAUAUGCCUCCAGCCUGGCACAAUCGGAGGCAUUGAGGCAGACUCGACCGUACUGUCCUGGCCAUCUCAUGAGUCCUUGAGUAUGGUGGACGGCAAGUGCAAUGGGGAGAAGGUUCAAGAAAAAGGACCUUCGGGUGCACUGCAAAAUGGAUCACAGGAGAUGGACCUUUCUCCACUGGCCGAGCUGGCCCAGUCAGUGCGACGUGCCUUAUUUAAGGGACUCCAAGAGACUCUAAGCGAUGGAACUGCUCUGUCAUAUCUGCAGUGUGUGCUGGAGGACUUGUGUUGUGGUGAGACACCCGAUAUGGCCAAGCACGAGGAGCUGACGGAGAGUCAGAGAAAACUAGUGUCAGCCAUACUGGACCAACUCGGCGUAGACUGUCCCCCUGAGGACAGCCAGGGCGGCGUCCCCGCUCACCUGAAUGCAGCUCACUUGUUGGUCAGCGCCAUGGAAGAGUUGCCUGAUGAAACUCUGAGCCUCUUGAGUGAGACCUGUCCUGAUUUUCUGGAGGCCUUUGACACACUUGUGUGCAGGUUAAAGGAGAGCAGCGAGCCCCUCUCCAUCCCGUGUCCUCCGGUCCUGCUGCAGGACAGCCAGGCCUUCCAGCUGGCAGAGCAGCUGCUCAGCUCCACCAGUGUGACGCUGAGGAGAGACUCCGACACGCUGUGGGUGGAGGCAGAAGGGAAAGCAGCAGUUCAGCUAUUGGUCCUCUAUCUCAGCAUACAUGGAUUGACCUUGCUCAGCAAAGGGCUGAAGUAGAAGUAGUGUCUGCAUGUGGACUUUUCUUUCCUCUUUUCAUGAGUAAUAAUCUGUCCAUUUCUUUCUUUCUUUAUUGUAAACUAUAUAGUUAUAUAGUAUUAUGUUCUUCUUCUUAUUAUCGUGGAUGUUUCUAUAUUGUUUAAUACUAUUAUAUUUUUAUUCACACAUAUAUUUUAAUACGUAGCAAACAUAUCAAAUUUUUAUAUAAAAAUUUAUAUAUAUAUAUUUUAUGUGAUAAACACUUUUCACUUUACUUUUUUCUGAAAUGGUUCAUAGAUGAACUCAUAACUUAUAAACCAUUAAGGAGCUUAGAUACUUGAUGAGGCACUUACACAAUUGUAAGUAAUAUUGUUCAGAUUUGUUAACAUACAUAUUUUAAAUGUCCACAAAUUUCAAGUUUUUUGAUUAACCACAAGCCUAAAAUUGAAUGCACGCCCAAUGAUACACGAAGAAGAUCACAGUAUUCAUUAAUUCGGCUUACUGAACAUUGUGUCUUGCAUGCCUAUUCUUGUUAGGAGGUUUAUUUUGAAUGAGUAUGCAUUUUAUUGCUGCUACAAUUCUUAGUCAACAGAUAUGCUAUGAAAUUUUAUUUAUCAAGAAUAUUAUAUAUUAUAUUAACAUCAGAUAUAAAAUCUAUAUAGUAUAUAACUAUAUAGAUUAAUUGAAAUGCUGGCAUUGAAUACCAAAAGGCUGUUUUGUCUUACAAUGCAGUAAAAUGUUUUGAUACUAAGCUACAAUUAUUUAUUGUUGUUUACUUUAUACUACAUCAAGUCUUUGCAUUUAACUCUCUG